AAACUGAUGUUCUCUCCCCCGUCCACCUCAUGCCGCUUCCAUGUCAAGGUUUUCUAGCAAUUAGGGCUCCGCUGCUCCAAAUUCAGCUCGGCUCCUCAGACGAGCAAGACACGUCCAGAAGUUCUUCCAGGGAUUGGCAGGGGUUGGUGGCAGAAGUCAGACUUGAGGUAUGAGUUGCCAGAAUUUGUUACUCCUUUUGCUUCAUCUGCCGGUCAUGACAAUGAUUUUCGAUGAGGUUGAACCUUCUGAGAUGGCUAGAAACGGGUGGGGGUAGACGAUCAGUUUCUACGUGUGAUGUGCAAGACAAUUGCACCGAAAUUGGAGAAAUUACAGAUCAAUGCAUUUUGUGCUAGGGUUUGGGCGGAGUCCUUGCAGUGGAGUUGUAGUGAUUUUUGUUGGCUGUGAACCACGAUCAUGCGCUGGGAACUGGGAGUUGGAAACGGGGAGACUGUCCGAGGGAGUUGGGUAGAUGACGUUGAUAUGAGAUAGGUGCGUGUGGGGGCAACUGCAGAAUGUAGACUUGCUGACCUGGAGUAUGAGCAGGGGGUGGAAUUGGCGGCAGCCAGUGCACAAUGUUCAGAUCAUGAUGUUGCUCUGCAUCGACGAUUCGGUACCAGAUACAGCGUUCUUUGUGAGCCUUUGAUAAAGAUUAACGCCACAAUUUGCUUUUGUCCCUAGUUCGUAAUUCAUAAUACUGGCUUUAUCCUCGCGAGACAGGUCUAUUAGCCUGGGCUGGUUCCAGUGAAGUGACAGGUCGAGCGUAUUGGGAGUGAAUUGGGGGAUGAUGAUUAGGAGAUGAUCGCAAGGGUGCUCGGGAGUUGGUCUGGUACAUUUUCCGAGGAGUGAAUAGAUUGGAGGGCGUGUUUUAUGUAAGAGCGUGCAAGGGUAGGUUUCCGUGAGAUCGUUGAUGCACUGGAGUGCGACUUGAUCUGGAGGCAAUUUGGAAGUUGUGGAGCGGACAGGAAGGGGGUGUGAAAGUGAAUCAGUAAGAGUGCGGGAGCAGCAGGAAGAUAGGAGGCAGCGGAGAGGAUGGCGAGCCCUUUUCCCAACGAUGGAUCGUUUUUGGAGAGGUUCAAGCAGCUGCAGCAGGACGGUCCCUCGAAGGCCGACACAAGCGGUCCCGUGGUGUUGAAGAAUGUGAAGUCGUCAAAAGCGAGCUCGAACAGCAAGGGUGGAGGUGGAUCAGCGUUCGGAGGGCCCAGGAAGGGAUCUUUACCGAACGGGAAGCUAGCAUUCAGUCUAAAGCAGAAGUCGAGGUUGGCGGUGAACGCAAUCAAACUUGGAGAAGACGAGGACGAGGAGGAAGACGGGGAUGCCCAGAGACAAGCCAAGAAGGUGAAGACGGAGAGCGCGUCGAAGGGCAAAUCACCGGAGCCGAAGGAGUCGGUUCCUGCUCCUCCAGCAGACGGAGAGGUGAAGAAGGUGGCGGAUAAGCUAGCGCUGUUUGUAGCAAAGAACGGGCGGCAAUUCGAGGAGGUGACCCGUGAGAAAAACCUUGGCAAGGGUCCGUUCAGUUUUUUGUACGAUACGGAGUGUGCGGAGUAUAAGUACUACGAGUAUCGGGUUGCUCAAGAGGAGGCAGUGCUGGCAGGCGAAGCGGGUGGAUCGCAGGCAUCGCAGACAGGAAGCAGUGGCGCGAAUCAGGGUAGCUCUCACAGGCAGUCGAGUGGAGGACAGCAGCAGAGGUAUCAGACACCAGCUUCGGCAUUGUACAGCGGCGGCAGUGAGCAGCAUAAGGCAGGUUAUUCACCGGGGCCUUCACAGGAGUCGGUGCAAGAUCGAUACAGCCAGCAGGGUUAUGCAAAUGAUUCAGUGGCAAUGAUGGAGUUUUACAUGAAGAAGGCAGCGCAGGAGGCGAUACGAAGACCUCCGAAGCAGUCGAAGGAUGAGAUGCCUCCUCCUCCGGGGCUGCAUCCGCCAGGAUCAGAUAGUUGGAAACACGAAGAAGCGGGUGUGGCAGAAGAUGCACGUCCCAGCUAUGUAACCCCUAGCGUAGGGGUGGUCGAGGAUGGUGGCGCAGGGAAGAAAGGGCAUCACAUGGGAGACUACAUUCCUCCGGAGGAAUUGGAGAAGUGGUGCAUUGCGAGGGUAUUUGUACCUUUGUCUGAGUUACGGAUUUUUACUAGCCAGUUUAUUAGUCUUAAUCUGCGACUGACCUGGUUGCUGGACCCUGCGUACGAAAUCGGGUCAAAGCUGAAUGCCACCAACCGUUCACCGGGUGCCUCAUAA